CUGUCAAACCGCGGUUGUUGUCAAACAGGGGCCAAAACAAACCAAAAACAGCAAACAUUCUCGGGGGAAGCCGAUCGCACUUGCAUUUAACGAAAAACUCCCCUUCCAAUGGCCGGUGAAGUGUUGGUUGAUGCUUUGCCGUACAUCGAUCUUGGCUACGAUGAUCCUGGCGUGCGGGAAGCGGCCAUCGCCAUGGUGGAGGAAGAGUGUCGCCGCUAUCGGCCGACGAAAAACUAUCUCGAGCAUCUGCCCGCCCUCAACACGACCGCGUUCGAAACGGAACUAAUGGCGGCCGAAUUCGAGCGCAUCCAAAACCGGCUGCCGAUGGAACCGCUCAGCAUGAAGCGGUACGAGCUACCACCGCCACCGGCCGGCAAGAUGAACGAAGUGUCGGCCUGGAGCGAAAGUGUGGACAAUUCGAUGGCCCAGCUGGAGCAUCAAGCGGUGCGUGCUAUGAACCUCGAGCUGAUGGCCGAGUAUGGGUGCGAGAUGUGGAAAUCCUACCUCGAAACGUUGGUCACCAUGCAGGCCAAGUGUCAGGCCCGGCUGGCGGAGGUAAAGAAGGAGAUACAGGACGUGAACUGGGCGCGCAAGACGAAACAAACGCAGGGCGGCGAGAAGCUGCGCACGCUGGAAGCGCAGUGGGUGAUGCUGGUGUCGAAGAACUACGAGAUCGAGCAGGCUUGCGCCAAGCUGGAGGAACAAAUCUACCACAAAAAGCAGCAAUCGAGCGCACUGCGAGCGGAGGGUAGGGCUGAAUGAGCUGGUGAACACUUAUUGGUGGAACGAUUAAGCAUAAGAAUUGUAAUAUUAUUUUAGUUUUCUCAAUUAAAACGCUUCAUACUUCAA